CAAACUCACACAUUACUCCAUCUAUUUUUUAGCUUCCGUACUCUUCUCUUCGUUUAACGCUGUGUUUGCUUCACUGCCUUUAAAUAUUUCAGCUUCGCGCUUUUAGCCUUUUACACUCUUCAAAAUUCAUUUAUCAAACCCGAACAAGGAACUUCGGAUCCAUUCAUCCAUCAAUAAUCAUUGCGCCGCCGGAUGUUCUCCAGAGAGAGAAGGAAGCCUCCUUCAUUCUUCUCCUCUUCUUGAUACCAAGAAAGGAGAAAGUGCGAAGUCGCGUGGACUAUAUUUUGAGAAGAAGAUUGAAUUCUUAGAGGGCUUAUCUGGGAAAAUUGAAGUUGAGGUUGCAACUCAUGGAUAUAUCAUCUUGGGAUGGAGCCCUUUCGCCAAGUGAUUUUUAUGUUGCUGCUCACAAUUUCAUUGAGAAAUGGAGAAGAUUCAACCCGACUUAUCCUCCAUGGUCAUGGGUUUCUUGCAAAAAACAAUCUUGGAUUGCUCCUCAUGAGAUUGAGAAAUAUUUGUCCCUGGAGAAUAUUUGCCUUCUAAGUUUAAGUGAGGAAGAUCAUGGUGAUGAAAGUCAAGUAGGGGAAGACCAUAACAGUUGUUCUCAGGGAGAGGAGCCUGUUGAUUCAGCCACGUUGGUUGAGAGUUGUGAUCACGAAACUCAUUACUACGACUUUCAUAUAGUUUACAGUGCUUCAUAUAGGGUUCCGGUGCUCUAUUUUCGUUCUUAUUUUGGUGAUGGACAACCUUUAGUAUUGGAUGAAAUUGAAAAAGAUCUUCCUGCCUGUUCAGCAAAGGUUUUGUUGGAAUCAAAAUGGACAUUCAUAACUCAGGAGGAGCAUCCAUACUUGAACAGGCCGUGGUACAAAUUGCAUCCAUGUGGAACUGGCGAAUGGAUGAAGUUGCUUUUCCUUGGUACUGCUGCCCCAGAUAAGCAGGGAGUGGCAGUCGAUCAAUAUCUGGUCUCUUGGUUCUCAGUUGUUGGGCAGUGCAGAUGCUCAAAAGGAUGUUUCAGAUUGGGCAUGCUGGAAAUGUCUAAACGCGGUGGCUAUUUGUCCUAACGUAUUAACUUUUUUCUUUUUUUUUUGGUCAUUUAAAGGAUAGAGGCCUAAGAAGAAAAUAGAGGAAACAGACCUAGAUUCAGAAAAAAGGAUGAAACUCUCAGCUGAAGAUUCAAGGAUGGACAUGAUGGAGGGCAAUCUGGGAAUUACAGAAGCUGAUCUGGAGCAGAAUGAGCUUGGCCAUUCAGUUGUGACCACUUGGCAGCCUAUGAGUGGGCAGGAGGCAGAAUUCGGUUGAGGAGAACUUAUGCUUUUAUAGAGCAGCAGAAAAAGAAAAGAGCAGCUUGGUUUUUAUGAAAAUGAUGUACUGAAGUUUGAUAAGAAGAAGGAGGGUUCUGGCUCUCAAAUUCCAAAAUUAGCAGUGUUUAUUUUUUCUUGUUUGUCAUGUCCAUUUACUUGAGUUGUAUUGUCCUGCUCAUUGUUCUAAGUUUAGUUGUGAAGAACUUGGUGUAAACCUUUGCUUGAUGAAUGAAUGAAUGGGAUUGGACUGCAUUGUCUAA